AACCCAAAAUUUCCACAAAGCUCGCACUUGUAACAAAAUUGACAAGUGCCAAAGUGACCCAAAGAAACCAACAGUGAACCCCAUCAUCCGCCGCCUCGCCUAUCUUGGAAACCUCAUUUCCCAAAAUUUCCCAUUUUUUGUACUGAAAAACAAAAAGAGAGAAACAAAAAAAAAAAAGGGCAAUCGCUAGCCAGAAGGCGUGGCGUGACCUGAGAUCAGAAAAAAAAAAACCUAAAGUCUUUGAAUUCAGAAAUAUGUGGAGAAGGCUACUAAAUUCACAGCUCAAAACCCUAGCCACAGCUCGAUGCCGAUCAGCUUGUAAAACGGCCCCACUUCGAUUCAAAUCUCUCAUUUCUCCAUCGCCUUCCGCUUCUCUCCUCAGUCGCCACUUCUCCUCGGAGUCAGUGGAUACUGCUGUAAAGAAGAGGGUUGAGAAUGUAAUGCCUAUCGCCACUGGUCAUGAGCGCGAGGAGCUUGAAGUUGAGCUUGAGGGAAAGAAAAUCCUUGAAGAUUUUAACAAUCCUGUUGGUCCUUUUGGCACAAAGGAAGCCCCUGCUGUUAUCAAGUCCUACUAUGAUAAGAGAAUAGUUGGAUGCCCAGGUGGUGAAGGGGAGGAUGAGCAUGAUGUUGUCUGGUUUUGGCUGGAGAAAGGCAAGCCACAUGAGUGCCCAGUUUGCUCACAGUAUUUUGUGCUGGAAGUUGUGGGCUCUGGAGGACCUCCAGAUGGACAUGGUGACGAAAAUGAUCAUCAUUAGUUGCCCCUUUCAGUUUUUCCUAUUGGAAUAAAAUUGGAGUAAGAUGGAAUGAUGUCCGGUAUACAGUGCACCUUCAAAUGUUAAAAAAAGUUUUAUGUCAUGUUUGGUUUUUAGUUGGCCCUCGGCUACUGUGGCUGUUGCACUGGAAACAUUUGAGAUGGUAUCGCCUUUUUUUUUUUUUUUUGGUGGUACUUUUAGACACAGGGUGGUCAUAUUUUUGAACUAUGGAUCUUUUUAGGUUUGAAUUCAAAGCGUUGCCAAAUAAUAUAUGGCUACCUUUCCAUUCUUUCAUGAAACAUCCUGGUGUUAAAGUUUUGAAGGAACCUUAUUAACUUAGAACACUACCAGUUUCAGUUUGUAUUUUAUUUUAAUUAGCUGGUUUAGUCAACCAAAGAUCUCACAGUAUUACCCAUGAUAUUUCGACGGUUAGUUCAAUCUUCAAAUUCCCUUUUGACAGUUUGGAAUAGGGACUUUUCCUUUCCUGCAGAGGAGGUAGGUUUGAGUGUCAUUGCACAACAUUUUAGUACAUGCUCAGAUGUCAUCAGGCUCAAAAUUAUAUUUUAGAUAUUAACUAAUAAUAUUAAUUCAUCUAGAUAUUGAGCGAUGAAAGAAAGAGGAAGAAAUUGUUUCUUCUAUCAAACAACUCGAGGCUUUUUUAAAUUCUUUCCCAUUUUUCUUCUCCUAUAGAAACAGUCUAAAAACUAAGGAGGUAACUAACACACUUUCUUGAUCAUCUUUUCCUCUUAAUUUUUUUUAUUAAGUAGCAUACACAAUUUCCAGCUAAAAACAACAAAUCGAAGCCAAAAAGAGGGACAGGGCGAAAAUGAAAAGUCAAGAAAGUGAUAC